CACGCACACACACACACACACACACAGACAGACAGCUCGGCGGCAGCCACAGCAGUGACCGUCCGUCCGUCCGUCCCCCCGGCCAUGGGGCUCGGCCGGCCCCCCGCACCCCGCCAUUGGCUCUUUUGGUGGGUCCUGUGCCCCAUGCAGGCUGUGGCUGAGCAGGGGAGGUCCUGCAGCCCUGUCACACUGUGCUGAGUGUGGCUGCUCUCCCUGCACAACUCCUUCAGCUCAUUUCGUGUGAGAUCUCUCUCUUCCAAGUUGCAAACUUCUCUCCAUGGCUUAAGCAGAUAUCAGAGCAUGUCCCUCUGAUGGAAUGUACAACCCUAUAUGAUCCCAUCCUUCAGGAACUAAAUUCCAAGACAAAGAAUACAAUUUCUACAGUUUGCUUCUUUUAAUAUAUGGCUUGGUCUCACACACAAAACCUGAAUUUUAAUUUCUGUACUCAGAAAGACAAGGGUCUGUCUUCAGCAAACCCUCAUCAGGAGAGGUUAUCAACAGGACAGAGAGGUGGAAGGAACUUUGAAGCACUGUGAGAAGGUGAAAGGAAAUACCCAGCUUGUCCUUUUUCAGGCCUGUUUGGGGAAGAUGAAGCUUCUCCCUUACGGCUGGCAGUAGUGGGGUCAGUCUGUUCAGCCAGUGCUGACUGCCUGCUGCAGCCUCUCCUUUCUGCCUUACGUUGGAGCCUGCGUUUUUGGCCGGCGGUGGGGCAGAGCCCAAGGGGCAAAGAUGGUUGUGGUAAGGAGGAGGAAUGUGAAAAUGUUCACCUUUGCCUUUUUGCUCAUCACGGUGACGUCGUUUCUGCUGAACUACACGCACCAGGUGACCACGACCACCUGGGACCCCAGACAUCUCGUCGUGCAGUUUUCAGAGCACGUCCAAAAACUCUUCAGGUACCCCAGGAGACCUUGCAGCUGUCACACGUGCAUUUCAGAGCUGGGACAUUCCCUCUGGUUCGAUCAGAGAUUUAACUCAACUAUGCAACCUUUCCUGACCUCACAAAAUGCCUUGAUCCCAGAAGACAGCUACAGGUGGUGGCUGAAACUGCAAGGAGAGAAAGCUCCGAAGAGUUUGAAUGCCACUCUCACAGAGCUGUUUGGGCUCAUCCCUGGGGACAGGGAUCCGCUGCAGGAGCGGGGCUCCUACACCUGCAGGCGCUGCGCCGUCGUGGGCAACUCCGGGAACCUCCGGCAGUCUCAGUACGGCCAGGAUAUCGACUCCCAUGACUUUGUGCUCAGAAUGAAUCGUGCCCCCACUGCCGGCUACGAAUCAGAUGUUGGGAGCAAGACCACUCACCACUUUGUUUAUCCUGAGAGCUACAAAGAGCUGGCAGCAAAUGUGAGCAUGAUCCUGAUCCCCUUCAAAACCCUGGACCUGCGCUGGGUUGUCACCGCUCUCACCACAGGCACCAUCAACUUCACAUAUGUUCCAGUUCCAAGGAAAAUCAAAGUCAAAAAAGAAAAGAUCCUGGUUUAUAAUCCAGCUUUUAUGAAAUACAUCUAUGAAAACUGGCUGGAGCAUCAUGGGAGAUACCCCUCCACAGGCCUUCUGUCUUUGAUGUUUGCUCUCCAUGUAUGCGAUGAGGUGAAUGUGUACGGCUUUGGAGCAGACAGCAAAGGACACUGGCAUCAUUACUGGGAAAACAACACUUCAGGUGGGGCUUUCCGGAAGACAGGCGUCCAUGACGGGGAUUUCGAGUUCAAUAUAACUUUGACUCUUGCCUCCAUUGAAAAAAUAAAAUUUUUCAAGGGCAGAUGACCCUGGCCACGGGGACAAGUGAGGGCUGCAAUUUCCAGCAUGCAGCAGAACAGAGCUCAGUGAAGAUGAUCUGGACACCAGCCAGGUUUGAGUGCGUGGAUCUGCGGUGGAUUUGGAGCAGCUCACUCUGCAGAGAACGAGGCCAAGGACCGGCUUCCAAGCUGCACACAUUUUCCUAUCUAUGGAUAGCCAGGAGCUACCAAUCACUUGUGGGAAUAAAUUAAUCUCUGCUUAGGCUCUACAGCUCGAUUCUUGAAUUACUGAUGAAAGAUCUGCCUGUUGCAAUUAGAGGAAGCCUGAGCACAGGAACUGGUAUCUGUGUAUCUGUUCUCUCCUCGAGCAAGGCAGGAGAUCCUUGAAGAGGAGAGAAAAUGACUUCUGGGACUUGAGAUCCACUAAGGCAGCUGUGAACAUCAUAGUAAGGAUUACCUCAAAGAAAUGAAUUCACUUCUGCUGUUGAUCUUUUUGAACCACCUCUUCUCUGUUCUCUUACUAUUUCCAUUUUCAUGCUGUAUUAAGGAAAAACAUGAUGAAGUUGCCUGGAGGAGUAAAUAUUUCAACCAUUGCCUCAUUUUGCAUUGAUAGUGUCUAGAAAAUCAUCUCAUGUAUUAUUUAACAUUGUUUCCUACACUUCCUCUGUCCUAAUGAUGGAGAAAAUAAUACUGAAAACUCCAGGAAAAAAAAAAUGGCCUUUUUAGCCACUUGUCUGUUUCAUUUGGUUAUAUGUAGUUUUGGGGGGUUUUGUGCUUUUUUUUUCUUUGUUUUUUUUGUGGGGUUUUUUUUUGGUGGAAAAUACUCUGAAAUGUUAUUUUUUUUAAAUUUUUUUAUUUAAUCAAUUUAAGAUUGGAAAGUGGACUUUCCUCAAGUCAUUUAUAUGUGCCUUUUAUAAUUGUGCAACAAAUGUGAUUUUUUUUUCAAGAUGACAAACCCUAAAUUAAACAUUUUUUUUAUUAAAAGGGGGAAAAAUUAACCAAAGUUUAGCUUCUGUCUGGUAUGCUUUUGUAGUCAAAACCAAUAAUAACAACUCCUAUAUUGUACUUGAACAAACACAAACAAGACAAUUUUUAAAGGUAGCUUUUACCUUUUUUUAUGGGAACAUAUUCAAAAGUCCCAAGGAAAAGUUUCUUCUUAAUUUUUUUUUUUACAAGUUUAAAAAUGCGAUAUCUCUUCACAAGCUCUCUAUCUGAAAUGGAAAAAAAAAAUCAUGGUUUGGGAUAUUAACCAGUUAUACACUAAGAAUCUUUUGUUGUGUAGCAGCACCUACAAAGACACAAUCUGCACAAGCUGAUCUUAGAGCAUGAGACAGACUUCAAAAUCAUGCACAUCUCUGGAGAAAUGUGUAUUUUGAUGUCAGUACCUCCAGGCAGUGAGAGGAGGGGAGGUACAGUGGAGGUUUUAUAUCCACAGAUUUUUGAUGGAAUCAGUGCAUUAAAGCUUCAAGGACAGAUAAAGUAUAAAUCCAAGUUCAGGCAGUGAAGAAUGGAAAACAGUGGCCUUUUCUUCUCAAUAUCAUCAAAACAAGACUCGUGAAUUAUGGAUCCACUUUCAGCCUUGGUGAAACAAGGGGAGUUCCUGCCACAGACUUCGAGGGACUUCUGAUUAGGCUGGGGAAAAAUGGCAUAUUUAAUUUUUAAUGUAUCACAUUGGUUGGAGUUUUUUUUUUUAUGUCAAAUGAAAUCAUCAUCUAAAUGUCCUCUCUUCUAUGCACCGGUUGUGGCAGCAUGUCCAAGCAGAUGAAUAUUUGAGGUCAGUGAAAGCCCUUCAACAGUGAUGUGCUCCAUCCAAGAUUUAUCCCCUAGUCUUUCUGCAGCAGUUGGUACCAGUGAGGUGCCCUCCAAGGCAGCAGUACAUGGCACAGUGUCAUGGUCAGCUGGAAUUUUGGGCCACAGCACCGUGCACCAACAUGAAUUGCUUUACUCACAUGAGCAUCACUGGAUUUGUGGGGUAUAGAGAGCCAAGGAUGCCAAAUGUCUGUGUGGGCAUUGAGCUCCCUCAGCUCGUGUGACCCUUCAGGACAGCAACAUGGAAAGGGCAGGAUUUUCAAAUCCUCAUGAUGAGACCUGUUCACGAUCCUCAUGUCAAGAAGCCAUUUCCCAGCACGGUGGCCAGCAGAGCUCACCUGCAUGUCACAGGCACAGCAGAUUUGAUGGGCUUACUGUCUUCUACAUGUCCUUUGAAAAAGAAUGAAGCAUUACUGCCUGAACCAUGUUUGUUUGCUUUAAGCAUUCCUGCUUGUUUAAACUGCUGUUAAUCAAUAUGCCUCUUGUGAGAUGCUGCAGUAAUACAAACAAAGCAAGUUUAAGAGGUAAAAGACUAUGUGUGAGAUGCCAGUGACAACUUCACAGUGUGGCUGGAUUUUGGAGCUUCAAAUACUUUUCUUUUUUUCCUCAUGGACAAAUAUUAGUAAUUCAGAAACAUUGACUGCUCUUUCAGUCAUUUUUAGAAAGAUUUGGAAGAAAACUCAUGGUGGUUUAUCCCCUUGAUGUUUUGCUUUUGUUUUUGUUUUUAAUCAUGGGUCAAUUUAGAAUCAAAAAAAGAAGCCAGCUAUAUUCUAGCCUGUGUUGUUCUGAAAUCUUCCUUUUGCUGUUCUAAUAAAAUUUCCAUUUCCCCUGAACAUUCUGCCUCUGACAGCACAUAUAAAACCUCGUGGCUCAUAUAUGCAGAUAGAUUUAGUGUCCUCAUCAUGGAACAAGCUUCAAUUCCCAUUUAAUUUUGUUGUCAACAGCAAGCAGUAACUGUGUACCACUUUGAUGUCCAUUUUUCAGAGUGUUAGGAGAGCAGAGAAUGGAUCUCUCCAGGUGUAGGAUGAGGAAUAGUCUGUGUCAUCAUGUUUCUAUUCCAGGGGAACUUUUUCUAGAGUCCUUCAGGCAGCUAACUAUUGUGUUAUAUUCUUCUCUCGGUUUCUCCACAAUUUUGCUGCUCUUUCAAUUGCCUUCAGAAUCAGGAGAUACCAACAAAUGAUCCUGAGGGAAGAAUUCAUUUCCACUGGCAUUGUUGAAGGCUGUUUUCCUGCUAGAAACUUUUUGGGGUUUUUUUGGUUUAAAAGAACCAAGGAAAACAUUUAACAACAUGUUAAGCCUUCAAACUCUUGGACUGUAUUUGCCACCACUGCAAAAUCUCUGAAGCACUCCUUGAGUGUGUGUUAUGUUUUUUACCAAAGCCAAAUCUCUUGAGCACUUUUUUCCUCCCAUGACCAGGUUUUCUUUGUA